AUGAGCUCAUUCCCACUAUUCUCAAGACUGCCUCCUGAACUUCGUCUAGAGGUCUGGAAAUUGGCAGCAAGCACCCCUCGGGUCAUCCACCUUGAUGUAUCAGACGGCGAGUUCGGCAACAUCUUCACAACAAUGCCCCCACAUCCCCUACUCCAAACAUGUUAUGAUAGCCGCCGCGCCUUCCUAGAAAAGAAUAGAGACGUGGUUCCUUCCGGUCAAGGCGAACCCCAGAAAGGAGCUCAUAAACCGAACCUGGCCACCAACUUCGAACGCGACCUGUUCCUGAUCAGAGGCAACGAUGAUUGGCCAAUGCAAUUGUUCCCCAGAAGACACUUCAUAUAUCAGUUAAGAAAGAUUGCCGUAGACCUGGGGUCCGCAUCUCACAUGAGUUCCCUGUUGUGGAGAUUCUUCCAGUGGCAAGAACUCUGGAUCUUUCUCGGGCAGGUACCGGAUCACUUCUGUCCUAGCCCAGUCUCGAAGUUCCGAAGGCACUGCCCUUUGCAUCAUUGUGAGGUGUUUCCAAAAGUCUAUCAUCCAUCGGGCCAACAGAGGCAGUCCGGGUUACCCUGCCCCGCCUGUGAAUGGGCAGACAGCUUAUAUGAUCACAGUGUUCCGUACCCGAGAUACUGGGGAAAUGUACGGGUUACGGUCGAUUCAUCGCUGCCAAGAUAUCCCAGUGUAGGUGACAUCUUGAAAGCCGAGAACCCUGUCUUGCGCUGCAUCCGCGUGUGCGAAGAUGUACCCGAUAAAGAGGGCACAACAAGUUAUAGCGUUAUGGGAUGCCAUGAUACCUUAUCCGCCGCUGCCGCUGCAUGUCUCGUGGGGAACCGCCAUAGCUGUUGCCAUUAA